GUUUUCUCUCUCUUUUUGUCGUCUAGAGCAGACCGGACUAGGUUCCGAUCCAAACCAUGGCCACUCUUGACUCCGAUGUUCCGAUGGUUCCCGUCGGUGAGGCUUCCAGCAGCGCCGCUCCUUCCUCCUCGACUAAGAAACCCAAGCGGUUUGAGAUCAAAAAGUGGAGUGCUGUCGCCCUCUGGGCCUGGGACAUAGUUGUCGAUAACUGUGCAAUUUGCAGGAAUCAUAUCAUGGAUCUCUGCAUUGAGUGCCAGGCCAACCAGGCUAGUGCCACAAGCGAGGAAUGCACCGUUGCUUGGGGAGUUUGCAACCAUGCAUUUCACUUCCACUGCAUCAGCAGGUGGCUCAAGACUCGUCAAGUGUGUCCACUGGACAACAGCGAAUGGGAGUUCCAGAAAUAUGGUCACUAGAAUGCUGGGUCAUUGAGAAGUUUUACAUUCUUCGCACUCUCAUAUGGUGACCUCAAGCGGAUGAUUAUUGUCCAUUUCAGUACCAUAUGAUUAAAUCAGGGUCUAUGCUUUAGGAAUCAAUGUGAGGUUAGAUGGGUUGAAUGUUUUUAUAUUCAGUUUGUGCUUGUAAGGUAUCUUGCUCUCUUAAUACUUUCUUUGAUGCAAUAACAGUAUGGCAGAUUAAUGUAUAUUACUCUGCAUGGUUUAGCUAUUUCUUCACUAGUAUGGUGAAUUUGUUUCUGAUUAUUCUAGUAGAACUAGUAAAAUUCCUGCAACUAAUACAGUUGAAUAAAAAUU